AUGCGUCGACGAAGCUACACAGCGGGUGGCGGGUCAGAGGGGGGGCGGCUUGUCGGCCGAAAGAUCCUGAAGCGGUGGGGGGACACCGUGAUCAGCGGCUACGUGAAGGACUACAACCCCCCCGUCGACGGCAAGCAGGAGUCUUGGACCCUGAGGCACGAGAAGAACUUCGACGGUGGCGAUGUCGAGGGGGACAACAGCGUGGGGGAGGACGAGGAGGUGGAUCGACCCGAGCUCGACAAGAGGCUCAACCUCCAGGCGGUGAUGGAGAGGGAGUUCCCCUCGGUAGCCAAGGAGUUCACCCCAGGCGUGUUCACGGGGGAGGUGGUGGAGAUCAAGCCGUCAGGCUUCACAGGACUGAAAGGAACGCUCUGGAAGAUCGAUUGCUAA